AACAACCUUGCCUUUUGUCUCCCUUAUACUGAAACUUACACAGGUAUAACCUACUAAAUCGCCUAACUCACCGGAGCUACAAUGCUUCUCAAGAUCCUUGUUUCUAUCACAGCUGCCGUUGCAGUUACAGCAACAGGUAUCGACAAACCAGUUGGUGUUGCCGGCUGUAAAUGGUCGGGCACUGCUCCUUAUUGUGCAGGGGAAUGCGAGCCCGGCUGGCAUGAGAGGGGACGCAGUCAAUGUGGUGAUGGCAGCUGCUGUUGGACUGGCAGCAAAGCCCUCUGCUGCGAAGACGAGGAUGCCGUCCAGGACCUGAUGCGGGAGAAGGAAGAAGUUGGCGUCGACAGCUGUUAUUGGUCGGGAACAGCUCCUUAUUGCGCAGGGGAGUGCGGACCUGGGGAGCGUGAGAUUGGACGCAGUAAAUGUGGUGAUGGCGCCUGCUGUUGGACCGGGGAAAAGGCCUACUGCUGUAAUGAUGAAGAGAGUGACAACCGGGACCUCUAGAUCAAGUAAUAUCGAGGGGGAGAACCAGUUAUGUAGCUAGCCAGUAUAGUGACCCUCUG